UAGGCUACGGAUUGAGCAGUGACUGGGUUGAAGUCGAACCAAAGAGCGGAAGUGUCAAGAAACGAAAUAGACGCACAAAUUUACCAAGCUAAAAAUUGUUCAUUGACAGUAUUUCGUAAUGUCUGAUCUUGGAAGUGGAGAUGAAGGCAUCUCAGGAGGAUCAAAAUAUAAUGUCGCUAACAUGGAGGGUUCCUCAAGCAGAAACGAUUUCGAUUCCUCUGGCAAAGGUGGCGGUACAGUGGAACAGGAACUGGCUACAAAAAUGCUUCAAAUACAAUCCAAGCGAUUCUAUCUAGAUGUAAAACAAAAUCGGCGCGGGCGUUUUAUUAAAGUAGCCGAGAUUGGCGCUGAUGGUAGACGAAGUCAAAUAUACUUGGCCCUUUCAACUGCUGCCGAAUUUCGCGACCACUUAUCAUCCUUUAGUGAUUACUAUGCAUCACUAGCUGGUCAAAACACAGGCCCUCCGAACACAGACAAUUUGCCGGAGGAUGGUAAAUUGAAGUCCGAAAUGAUGAUCAAAGAUUAUAGAAGAUAUUAUUUGGAUCUAAAGGAGAAUGCCCGUGGCCGUUUCCUUCGGGUAUCACAAACCAUAACAAGGGGUGGGCCUCGAUCGCAAAUCGCACUACCAGCCCAAGGAAUGAUCGAGUUUCGAGAUGCGCUCACAGACUUACUGGAAGAGUUUGGGGCUAAUGAUGGAGGGUUUAAAGGGGACUUGCCCGAAGAGCGUCAUAUGAAGGUUGAUAAUAAAAACUUUUAUUUUGAUAUUGGGCAAAAUAAUCGUGGAGUUUAUAUGCGGAUAAGUGAAGUGAAAAACAAUUUUCGGACCUCAAUAACUAUCCCGGAGAAAUGCUGGAUACGCUUUCGUGAUAUUUUUAAUGAUUACUGCGACAAAAUGAAGAAAACGUCCGACCCAAUCACUGCCGACAUUAAUCUACCGACAUCUGCAAAUAGUCUUAAAUAAAGGGUAUUGAUAAAAGCCAAUUUAAGCAAUUUUAAAAGAUGCAUGCAUCAUUCUUGGCUCCUAACAAACGCGAGAGCUUAUUAAAAGUGACGGAAAAAUUAAAAAGCUUGCAAUGUUCGAAAGAACUAAACCUUAAAAUAUGUGAAUUUUUCAGCUUGAAAAAAAACAACAAAAUAUAUAUAAACACACACACACAGUAGCAUUUAGCGAAUGAUGUAUUAGUAUUUUUUAGUUUAUGUAUUAUAAUAUAGUUUAACUAAAUCGACUAGCGUUAAAGGAUAGACAACUUGAGCGUAACCAACAAGCAACUCAAACACAAUCGAAUGAAUUAACUUGUAUGUAAGUGUACUCAGUCAGAUUCACAUACCUCAGCCAAGCCACUCGCAACGUCUCUUACGAUGGCUAAUACAAUUGUUAUUGAUUGACAUAAAUUAAUGACGCCGCUUGAAAGCAUCUGAAAAAUGUAAAAAAAAGAAUAAUUAUAUUUUUAACUAUGCCUCUUGAUUAAUUUAUAUGUCUAAAUUGAUGUACAUACGUCUUACCCUUGCUUCGGCCGAUAAUAGAAACAUGCUACGGAUACAUUUCGUGUGUCAUGGGAGAUGUAUGUAUUUAGCUAAUUGAUAGAUUAUGUCGCAAUAUUAAUCAGGUUAAUGCCAUUUUGAAACUUUCAUAGUAAAUACAUAUGUACGUUGCAAAUUGUUAAAGCUUCUAGAAAUAAUAUGUUAAAUAUUACAAAAUAUCUAUCUUAAAAUAGCUCCUAAAAGCGUUUUUAAAACAAAAGUUUCAAUGUGAUCACGUAGAAUAAAAAUUAUUAGAUACGAAAAAAAUGCAUAGCAAAUUAAAUUAUAAAAACAUAACUCGAUAGUGCAACACAGACACACACAUCCCCACAUCCAAGUUGUUGGUCGCAGAGGGGUAUUAUUAUUAUUAUUUUAGAGAAAAACAAAUCGAGUCCUAUAAAUAUCUACGCGACAAAUUACCUAUUGGUUGGAGUUUUUCUAUUGACAUCAAUGUGUAUAAAUUAAUUAUUUAGUCUUUAAUGUGUUAUGUAUGACUUUUCAGCUUUUAAGUUCAAUGAGAAUGGCAUUGAAUUAUUAUCGUAAGAUUAUUAAAAUGGGCGCUAUUUCAUUGCAUAAAAAGAACAAAUCCCAAUUGUACAUGCAUACUGAUGUGUGCAAUUUGUUAUAUUAACACGACCAUUGGCAUGUUAAGACGCGUAUGCGAUAGAGAGCCGGUGACGGAGUUGGAGUCUGGCUAUAACCUCUAUACUCUUAUAUUUACCUGGUAAAUAUAAGCUAAAAUAGAUAUGACAAAGAUAAUUAUAUAUAUUUAAAACCCAGAAAGUUUAUCUUCGAUGUUGUUUGGCAAGAAUACAUAUUGUAUAUUUUAAGAGUUAUGUGAAAGUACUAUGAAAAUAAAGUUAAAACUCAAUAAUA